UUCUAACUGCUGUAUGAGUUCAUUAAAGAAGAGAAUGUUGUUUGCUGGUUUUACAGCGGCAAAGAAGACAAUAAUACAGAACUGGUUUACUCAGAUGAAAAAUGAUCUGAAAUUGACAUUUGACAUUUGAACUCCAGUGAAGUCCACUAUAUGGAGAAAAAUCCUGGAAUGUUUUCCUCAAAAACCUUAAUUUCUUUUCGACUGAAGAAAGAAAAAUGGAUGACAUGGGGGUGAGUAAAUGAUCAGGAAAUUUUCAUUCAGAAGUGAACUAAUCCUUUAAGAGACACAAAUUCAAUAGAAAUGCAAAUGACCUGCAUGUAUUUGUGAGAUGAUGUGUCAAAGCAGAAGUCGUCUCAAGCUGGUUUUGUGAUCUUGACAAUCAGUUCAAUGUUCUUCAGUGGCCUUCAAGAUCACAGAUCUGAAUCCAACAGAAAACCUUUGGAACAAUAAGAGAUCUGCAGAUAUUAUGGGAUUCAAUCAUGUCAACAUGGAGCAGAAUCCAGAAACCAUCUUGGAAACCUUUUAUCACGCCUUCAUUGAUAGAUUUUACUGCUUUGCAAAUUUUUCAAAAGAUUUUUUACACUCCUGUCCCAGACUCAAACGUUCAGUCUAAGCCUGUGAAAAUCCAUCAAAGAUAUCCUAAUAUUACUGUGGCGAGGGGGGCGUGGUUCAGCGGAGUCGGCAGCGGGAGAGAGAGUCAGGAGACGAACGGUGAGUGAGUGGGUUAAAUGCAAAUGACGAACACCUGUCUCUUGUUUCAGUAAUUGGUGUGGAGAGAGUAUAUAACACCAGGAGAAACAGGAGUGGGAGAGAGAGAGACGGACUACUGACUGCUGCCCCGCUGGUGAUCUACGUGUGAGAGAAUUGUGAAUGAUUUGUGACCGCUUUGUGCCUGUCUGCACCCCUUUUGUUUUGUAUUGUGAGAAUUAGUGCAAAUAAAAAGCAGUCAGUAGUCAAGCCGACCCUGUCCUCUUCCUUCCUGAAUACUGAACUUUGCUACACUGGUGCCGAAACCCGGGAAGGAAGACGGAAGCCGCCGCCAUGCAAUCGUCCUCCGGAUCGCCAUUUGCGGAGAUUAUCACCUCCCUCGCGGUCAUGCAACAAGAACAACACCAGGCCCUGCUGGACUUGAGACAGGAUCAAGAGAGGUGCUUCCAAGUCGUUGUUCAAGCCCAGCAGGAGGACCGCGAGAGGUUCCGGAGCUGGAUUGACCGGGAGGUUCGACCGGAAGCCCUGGAACCUCGAGCUGUGCCCGCCCACCUACCACUCCACAAAAUGGGAUCUGAGGACGACCCGGAGGUAUUCAUCGAUCUUUUUCAGAAGACGGCCGAGCUGUCGGGCUGGCCGCGGGACCAGUGGCCGAUGCGCCUGGUCCCGCUGCUCUCCGGGGAGUCCCAGAUAGCGGCACAGCAGCUUCCGGUGCAGAAUCUCCUGGUCUUCGACGACCUAAAAAGGGCCAUCCUCCAGCGGGUCGGCCGGAGCCCUGAAGAACAUCGCCAGCGGUUCCGUUCCCUGGAACUGGGCGAGUCCGGCCGACCGUUCGUGUUGGCCCAACAGCUCCGGGACUCCUGCCGCAAAUGGCUGUUGGCUGAGGGAAGCGACGUGGAGAAGAUUGUCGAUCGGGUGGUACUGGAGCAGUUCAUUACUCGGCUCCCACGGAGGACAGCAGAGUGGGUCCAGUGCCACCGCCCCACGUCGCUGGACUCAGCCAUCCACCUCGCGGAGGACCAUAUGGUGGCGUGCCCAGGGGUCGGCGAACCCCUCCCAUCUGUCUCUCUCUCCCCGUCUUCCCCUUCUGUCUCUCUCUCUCGUCCUGUCCCUCUCCCCAGGUCCCGCCCACCUGUCCAUCCUCGAGUCCCGCCCCGGGGGCGGGGCGGGGUUGACCAGAGCCAGUUUGGGGGUCCCAGAGCCCCGCCCAGGAGGGCGGGACUGACUUCCGCUGGACAGGACCCCGCGCCUGUUUCUCCGCUCUCUCCACGCCAAUCAUUUACCCCACUCCCUGCCACUGGGGCGGCGGGGAGGUCUGGGCCAGCCUGUUGGCGUUGCGGGGACCCGGAGCAUUUCGUGGACAGGUGCCCAGUGAUGGAGGUUGGGACAAUGGUCCGGGUCCCGGACGCCCCGCAGGCUGCCCCCGGUCAAGCUGGCUGGUAUCAAAUACCUACAGACGCGUCGGACAGGGGGCUGGGUGCAGGCCGGAUGGCUCCCCGGCCUGAGUCGGGCGGUGGGGGUAUGUGGCGAGGGGGGCGUGGUUCAGCGGAGUCGGCAGCGGGAGAGAGAGUCAGGAGACGAACGGUGAGUGAGUGGGUUAAAUGCAAAUGACGAACACCUGUCUCUUGUUUCAGUAAUUGGUGUGGAGAGAGUAUAUAACACCAGGAGAAACAGGAGUGGGAGAGAGAGAGACGGACUACUGACUGCUGCCCCGCUGGUGAUCUACGUGUGAGAGAAUUGUGAAUGAUUUGUGACCGCUUUGUGCCUGUCUGCACCCCUUUUGUUUUGUAUUGUGAGAAUUAGUGCAAAUAAAAAGCAGUCAGUAGUCAAGCC